AUGUCCAGCCAUGGAUCUUUGUAUCCAAGCGGAACAGCAGGUUCUUGGGGAGUGCCUGGAUGGCGUCGAUGCUGUUUGGUGCGGCGUCGGAGAUCUACAAGACCCGACUGUAUCCGGGCACAUCAGCUAUACAAGCCACUAGGCAGUGUGGUCUUCAUCUCUUGCGCUUCGGUCGUGUGCGCCUUGUGCAUGCGGAUCAUUCACAUUUGCUCUGCAAUGAAAACCAGCUUGAUUCGGUAUAUGCAGAACCUGGCCCAAGACGACAUUGACUUCGAAGGAAUGGCCCAAGAGUGGAACACCAUCCAGAUCUUCAUCCGCUGUCUUUGUGAUGGAUGUUCCUACAGUAUGCUUUCGAUGGUCUUGGUGAUUCCAGUGAUGGGCGCUGGGGCGGUGGUGAAUCUCCUCUACACUGACAGCAUCAGCGAGGUCGUUUCCACCAUGUUGCCCUUCAUUGCCGUGUCCUGUAUGCCGUUGAUUUGUCUUCUGACGGCCGCCGAUCUCACGCAGCAGUGUGAGCAAGCGCCGCAAGUGGCGAACUCCAUGCUGGUCCUGGAUUGGGACAACGAACGAGCACAGGACCUGUUGAACUUUAUGUCACGCUGCCAACUGGGCUUCUUCGUGAACGACAUGCGGGUCUCGCCGGCGGCGGUGACCAAAUUUAUCUACAUUUUGGUGGCUGCGUGCUUUACAAUUCUCUCGUGGAGUUUAGAGAGGAUUCUGGUUGAGCUUUGA